CAACAAUAAUAUUCAACUUUGUUCACCUCAUUCAAACCCUGGUGUCCGGAUGGAUCAGUCCAGUCGCGUACAUCGCAGUGGCCGUUCUUUUAUUACUGAGGAAUGGGAGGGUUUGCAUACGCGAUCGCAAGACACGCGGCGAACCAGAGGUACGCAGGCCUCCAGAGGUCGUGGGCGGCCUAACCUUGCUCGAGCUAGAAGUUCAGUGCCCACUACCACUGAUACAGUCGGUUCCUCGUCCAAUCGUACCAAUAUCAGCAAUAACUUAAUUACACCGCCAACUACACCAACUGGUCGUUCCGGCGGUGGAUUACAUGGAGCAUCGAUAUCUACGCCUCUCACUAGCCCUAACGCGCAUAACAACACAAGUAGGAAAAGCCCCAAACGAUCACCGGUUUUACCUCGAAGUUUUAGCAACGGGUCCCCAUUACAUCCUUCUCGACAUUCUUCAUCUACUUCCUCAUCAUCUUCUCGAUCUCAAUCUCCUCCGCCUGCAGGAUACGACUGCUUGCAGCGUAUGGCGGGUUCACCCCUAAAGCGGGCAAGAACCGAUUUGUCUUGGCUUGAUGAAAUUCAUCACCAGCAGGAGCAGCCUAUGCCCAUUAGACGGCGGUCCCUAUCCCGAAGAUCCCCAUCCUCUCCAGGCACCACGGCCAUUUUAAUGAGAGGAGGAGGCGGCUCAUCGUCAUCGCAAUCGUUUCCACCUAAAUUGCUUCGUGCAGCCAGUUUUAAUGGUUUGGAUCGAUAUGUGGAACAUCAUCAUCACACAACACGAUCACUGAAACGCCCUACUUCCCCACAAAUGGAGCUGAGAGCUAUAUCUGAUUUGCCGGUGUCAAAGAUGGAGCCUAAUCCUUUCAUUGCUAUUGCAGAACCUAAACGUGAAGCCGUCGAGACCAUUGACCCCUACGAUUUUGAUCACCUUCCUCGUGCCCGUAUGGAUCAUUUAACCGGUGAAGUAGAAGACCUCAAAAUCUGCUAGGCAGUUAACGUCCCAGCCGUUUUUAUUUCCCUUCGACCUUUUCUCAUAUAUGUAUUCGUAUAUAUAUCUUGCUCACGUAACCAUGUAUCCAUGCUAAUACAUAUGUGUAAACUUCUUUCUCUCAAAGAUAGAUACACUUCAGGUUACG